AUGGCGUCCGGAAAAAAGGCUCUGCUGAUCCUGGCUCCUGGGGCGGAGGAGAUGGAGACGGUCAUCACGGCCGACGUCUUACGGAGAGCCAAGGUUGAGGUGAUCAUAGCCGGCCUGGACUCGGCCGAGCCCGUGGAAUGCAGCCGCGGGGUCAAGAUUCUCCCAGAUUCCUCGCUGGAUUCGGCCGCCGAGCGGGGCCCGUACGACUUGGUCGUUCUACCGGGGGGCUUGGGGGGCGCAAAAAGACUCUCCGAGUCUCCCAAAGUGAAGCAGAUUCUGCAGGCGCAGGAGAGCGGUGGGCAGUAUAUAGCAGCUGUGUGCGCGGGGCCGACCGCUCUUCUGGCCCACGGGAUCGGUAAAGGGAAGCAGGUUACCUCUCACCCGGUCGUGAGGGAGAAGAUGGAGGAAAGCUACAGUUACACGGAGGCCCGCGUGAGCAGGGACGGGACCCUUAUCACCAGUCAAGGACCGGGGACCUGCUUCGAGUUCGCUCUCGUCCUCGUGACUGCACUGCUCGGCGAGGAGACGGCCAAGGACCCGGUGACUGAAAACAGGGAUCGUAGAUUCGGAUCUGUUUGGCACGAAAUUGUCCUCUCCCGAGACCUUUACAGUAUGGCCAAACUCCCUAUGUUGUUUCUACUGCCUGUUUUGGCCGCUACGACAGGUACUGCUCUAUGGUCCCACGUCUGGAGCGACUGCCUUGUGGUUGUCAGUAAUGCUACUGAUGGAAUUGGAAUAAAGGUCGCCUGUGACAGGGAUAGCGUCGUACACCAGCGGAAUUUCGCCGGCUAUUUUCUCUCCCCCCUCAACACGAACGAGAUUUGGGUGGAAAACCUGACGACUGGCGACGAUACUUCCGUACGCUACGCCCUUCUAUUGCCCCUGGCGCGAGAGAUCGGAGUGCUGGAUGUCCAGUACAGCGGAGCCACAGGAGAAUGGGCCACUCAACUUUGGCCCAUGGAAAUGGACGGUGUUGAGGGGUCAUGUCAGACCCUAUUCAUCCAUAGAUUCAAGAACGCUCUAUACUCGGUGUGUAUCUUCAAAAUGGGUCCUGACUCUAGCUCACUGCGACUGUACGAGAUAACGCUCAACACGAGUGCCCUUGAAGAAUCGUCAGUGAGUUUUGAAAGUUUCGCUACGUUGAAUGGGGAAAGAUUCACAAACGUCGUAUAUGCUCAACGUGAACAAAACAACCAAUAUUUCUUUGUCGUAAUUGAUGGUGAUGUUGCAUACAUUGAUCCUUCAAACCAUGGACGGGACCUGUAUCCCCUGGGGUAUGAUGAAGAGUGCACCAAUGUUACGUUUCUUCAAUACGUAGUUCUUUCUUCUGACCUACUAGUCCAUCUUUCUUGCUGUACAGAGGAUCAAACCUGCUCACGUCGUGGAAUAUACUACAAUACCUACCGAGAGAAAUCCCUCGAACUAAGUGAAGGAUUGCCUUAUCGUUGUCCAGACUUUGAGACGGAGGUGGUUAUUCAUGAGUCAACCAACCAGUUUCAUGUCAGGGGAAUGAACUAUGAACUGGAGGGAGACGGCUUUCGUCAUGGACUCUGCUCUGGCAGCUCUAGCAAUCCUUGGUUUGCCUAUCAAGACAACACUGGGAAGAUUUUUGUCAUAGACCUCUCUCCCUCGACCACACCCACGCUUCACAGGGUGUCUGAACAUGGCUGUUUGCAGGGCCCAAGCUGUAGUCCCAUUAGAAACGUCAGUGGUAUUCUUGUGAUUCAGGAGUUUGACCAGGACAGCCAGCUAAUACUUGCCAAGGGAAUACGACCUCAUGCAAACUACUCGGUAGUCUUUGCAGUUACCAACAACCCAAAGCCAAGUUUCUUCGCCCUUCUCAACAUCCCUUUAAAACGUUUACUGCCGUCUUCUACAAUCUUCACAAACACAGUUACUUCUUUCAGGUGCACAGUUGCAUCAUGUCACCCAAGUCCAUCCCCUGUGGAUCCCACACACACCUCGAUAAUAUAUUCACCAUCAUCAAUGUCUUCCCCUGCACCUUCUACAACCGUGAAUAUGCUGGCAGUAAUAAUACCAUCUGUGGUGGUGGGAGUGAUUAUUUUACUUUGUCUGGCUGUAUCUUUACCUAUAGGCAUCAGAAUGAGGUAUGUUUCACAGUCAGAAAAACAGAAAGGUUUUUUCAGGGCGAAGUGUUCAAGAAAAACUUCUUGUAGAAAACCUGUUGACCGACCCCCUCCUCAACUUGACCUGGAUAGACUCUCUCAUAAUUCCGAGCUGCCUGUCAAUGUAAACCAGCAUGGAUCAGAGCAGAGAGGAGACUCUCCAGCUUCAGCAAACAACUCUAUCUCUCAGGGUGAUAUAGGAACUGAGCCCCCAGAGAUUUUAAAUCGGGGUUCACAUGAGACGGAAAUCCCCAGUGAAGGCAUUAAAUUAUCAUCCACGGUGAACCAACAUCUUCCGAAAACACACCAUAGUUUCCCUUCGCGCCUUUCCUCUGGUGGGUCUACCGGCAACCCAGGCAGUUUGGCAACUGUAAGUCAAGACCGCUUGCCAGCAGCUGGCUUGAGACAUGUACAAUCAGCUGGACCCCCAACUCUUCAACACACUGCUCAUUUGGAUUUCGAUGUACUCACUACAACUGCAGUUCAGUCAAGUGUUAACAGCCAUACAGCAGUUGUCAUGGGAGUACAUUUUCCCCUUCUUCGUUCACCAGCACAUCAGCCACAACAGGCACCAGCAGUAGUGUCUACAAAUCCUUUGACAGGGGAGGUGCAUCGGAGCGGAAGGUCUUCUUGACUUUCAAACCCCUCACAAUACCCUUUUUGAUUGCUGUAAUAUUGCAUGUAUAAUAAAUUAUAGCACGAGGAGCUUGCUCCAUACAUAUGGUAUAAUACUACAAAAUUGUCUACAGUGCCGAUUCCAUGUUCCACAUCUUGUGUUCCAUGUCAUUACAAUCUUGUUCACGUUCGGUCCGCUCAUCGUAGUUGUCUCGGACCUCCCCAGGCGUGAACCUAGUUCUGUCCGCCGUAUUUCCGGUGGCGACCAUGACCAUCUGCUCUCCUGGAUCAUCAGCUUCACUGGGAGAGACAGCUACUGCAUCUACAACAUCCUCUCCAAUAGGAAGAACUGGAAUAGACUCCACAGCUGAAGACGCAUCAGAUUCCCCUGACACACCAGUAGCAGAAUCAAUCUCGCCCUCUCUGCAAGCACCAGCAGUGACAUCACUUUCCCUGGACACACGCAUUACAUCAUCAUAAGAGAAAGGAAGCAUUAUGUAAACCAGAUGUGGUAAACUGUUUUGUUAGCCAGGAGUGUGCAACACCAUGCUGGUUUUGGUGCACCACACUCUUGCUGAAGCAUGAUCUCAUAAUAAUU